CACAGGAGAUGAGUCAGAUGAAAAUUCAUCUACAGCAAGCACUCGCCUCAAGAUCCAUCUCUGAUGAAAUGUGCUCAAGUUUACAGGAAGAGAUUCAAGAUCUGAAGGAACAGGUACAGAUGCUUGAGUCAGCCUCACAUCUCGGAGUGUCAUCUGUAGCAGGACAGUCUUCCUCGGCUUCCAACUUUGUUGACCAGAAUGAUUCCAUGGUAGAUCUGGGAAUACGUAAAACACUGGAUUACGAUACUCCGCAAGGCACACCAACUGUAGGAAGAUCUCAAAGUGCAGUGUCAUCCAAUGAUAUUGUUACAAGUCUGAAGGUGGAGCUGGAGAGAUGCCUGGUCAGUAACAAACAGAAGAGAGGGGAGGUCUCUGAACUGAAGGAAGAAAUGAGAAAAGUAAAGAAAGAUAUGAUGGAGUUCCGACAGCGAUGUGAACGUGCUGAGUUACUCACACAGGAACAGAAGAAGCGUAUAGCUGACCUAGAGUCCUGUAUGAGUCCAGGAGAGAAAACUAACGCCAUUGAGAAUAGACUGAAAAAGGACAUUGACAAUUUGAAGAGAGAGAAAAAAGUUUUAUUAGAAGAUACUGAGGAAUUGCAGCGGAGAUUAGAGGAGAUUUCUAAGAGUGAGGAAAGAUUAACAGAAUUAAAUAGAGAAUUGAGUACACAGAUCUCCGACAUGGUGAAAGAAUAUGAUCAGGAUAAAAGGGAGGCUGUUGAAAGAGCACACAGAGCAAGUGAACAAGUAGCAGAGACAACACGUAACAAACUGCGACAAGAGCUUACACUACUGUUUGAUGCUGAACGCUCAGAUAUAAUUGCAAAGUAUGAAAAGGAGUGCAGUAAUCUCAGAGAAGAGUUACAGGCAGCACAAGAAGAGAUAGACAAAGUAAAAGAUGAGUAUGUCAAACUGUGUGAGGAGAAAGAAAAUAUGAAGGCAGAGAUCAACAAAGAAUGGCAGGAGAAACUGGAAUCUUCUGUUCAACAGGUAAAAGAUACAAUGAAAAAAGAAACAGAAUUGUCAGUUUUGAGAGCUGAAGAGAACUGGGCAAAACAGAAGGAAGCUGAGAUCUCUCAUCUAAAGGAAGAACUAGUGAAAGAAUUCACAGAGGAAAAAGAUAAACUUAAAGACACUAUACAAUCUGACUGUGAUAAUGAACAGAAAAUUGUUGUAGAAAGGCUACAGGUAGAACAUUCUGCAGAAAUGAAAGCAUCUAAAGAAAGGUUUGAGGCUGAAUUGAAAACUAUGAGAGAUAUUUUAGAAAUGGAAAAAUCAAAUGAUCUUGAAAAACUGGAUAAGGAAAAAGUUAAUGAGAUAGAGAAAUUAAAGAAAUUGAUAAUUGAUAAAGAGUUGUUUAUAAGUGAAAAAGAACAGGCGUAUAUUGAGAAGGAAAAUUUGUUAACUGAAAGGGAACAGGUUAUUGAAAGUUUAAAAUCUGAGUACAAAGCAAAUAUGGAUAGUUUCCAGACAGAGAUUAAAGUAUAUACUGAACGGACAGAGAUGUUAGAAAAGGAGUUAAAUGAAAAUAAAAGUAAACUUGAAGAAAUACAAAAGGAACUCAGUGAAAAAUCAAAUCAGUUUGAACAGUUACUGACAAGUUUAGAAGAAAAAGAUGACUUGGUUGAGAGUUUGAAAUCUGAAAUUGAAAUAUUGAAGUCAGAAGUAAAAGUGCUUGAACAGUCUAGGAAAGAGUAUAAGGAAAAAUUGGAAUUGUUGCAAAAAGAUUAUCAUGAAAAAGUGAAAAAAAUAGAAUCUCAAAAGAAAGAGACAGAUUCAAGUGUUGAAAACAUUUUAAAAGCUAAAACUGAUGAGAUAAAUAGGUUAAAGAAAGAAUUGGAAAAGAUCGAAUCUGAAAAAGAUUCUGAAAUUGAUAAGUGGCGAAAAGAGGAAGUGGAAAGACAAGAAGUUGAAAAUUUAAGAAAAGAAAUUGGCAAAAAUAUACAGAAAGAUAGACAAGUUGAAAUGGAAAGUUUGAAAAAAGAAGUGAUUAGAUUAAAAUUGGAAAUUGAUCGAAUGGAUAGUAAUAAACAAAUGGAGGUUGAUAAAGUCUGUAGGGUUAAACAAGCUGAAAUUGACAAUAUCGAAAAACGUAAAAAGAUGGAGAUUGAAAGAUUGAAAAAAGAAAAACAGACUGAGAUAGAGAGAUUGAUAAAGGAAAAAGAUGAGGAAAUUUCAAAAUGGAAGAGCUCUCAGCAGGAAAGGUCUGCUGAAGAAAUGGAUAUAACAGAGAAAGUUAGAGAAAGGCUGAAUCAAGAAAUGGAAGAAGAUCUGAACAAAACUGUAGAAACAAAGGUGAGAAAGAAAAAUUAUUUUAGAUAUUUACCAUUACAACGCUUAGUUGUGGUAGUAAGGAAGCCAUCAAGUUGGCUGACAGAAGGUUGAUGGUUCUACCAGGUGCCCAGCCAUGCUUAAAGACCUGCUCCAGUCCUACCUUUUAACCUUAAAUUGUCACUAAAAAGCAUGUCAAUUCUGACUAUAAACAUUGACGCCUGUCAAAAUAGUCUA